AGCUUCUCUGGUCCUUGAGACCAGGACCACUCUGGCUGGUCCUGGGGUGGAGUUGUAAAAGACUAAAGCUGCUGAGUGAAGUGAGAAUUCUACUAGAGGAAAUGGCUGCCUCUUCAUCCUCCUCCUCAGCUGGUGGGGUCAGUGGAAAUUCACUUACUGGAUCUGGUUUCAGUGUCUCAGACCUUGCCCCGCCAUGGAAGGCCCUUUUCACCUACCCCAAAGGAGCUGGAGAGAUGUUAGAAGAGGGCUCUGAGAGAUUCCUCUGUGAGUCAGUAUUCAGUUAUCAAGUGGCAUCCACGCUUAAACAGGUGAAGCAUGAUCAGCAAGUUGCUCGGAUGGAAAAACUCUCUGGUUUGGUAGAAGAGCUGGAGGCUGAUGAGUGGCGGUUUAAGCCCAUCGAGCAGCUGCUGGGGUUCACACCCUCUUCAGGGUGAUGCUGCCUGGAUGGUUACCUCUGGGCACAGCCAGUACAGAGCCAGUAAGGAACUUACAGCUUCCAGAGCCACCCAGAGACCCACAGCUGCAUUGCCAAACCGCUGACUCCAUCAUACUUGGUUUCUCUAUAGGCAACAAAUACUUAAAUGUGUAAUAUUGCAGGGAGUAGUUAUUUGGUUUAGAAAGCAUUAAACAGCCUGUUACAGAGAACAAAGAGA